AUGCCUAUCACAGAAACCUUCUUCCCCGCAUUCUUGAAAGCUUGUGACGACGAUCCUAACGACAUUCUGGUUAUCCAACUCACGUGUGGAACUUGCCACGAACAGAUGACAUUGGAAGAUGGAGCUGAUCCUCAACUCCGUGCGUUUGCCCUCCGUUGUAUGCACAUCUACUGUAAAGGAUGCAUAGACGCGAUGGUAGCCCAUAGCAAAAACGACGAUGAGUCCCACCAUGCUUGCCCAACGUGCCGUGCGUGUCUGCAUUGUGCAACUUGCCUAGCCCCCUGUGAGAAGGGCAGUCUGAUUCACAGGGACGAAGGAAAGUCAAUUGCGCUUAUAGAAGACAUCCUAAAGCUGCGGCGUAAUCGGUGGUACUGCUUCAAUUGCGAUGCGGAUGUCUUCACAACCUGGCUGCAAAUGUUGAUGAAGAUAUCAAUGGACUGUACUGACGUCGUCAACGAUGGACAGUUUCUGAGAAUCUGCGUCGAAUAUGAAGGUAGGACAUGGGGUGGUCCCCCACCGGACGAUGAGUUGUGGCUCGUCAACCAGGCCCCGUUGCCCAUGGAUCUUGAGGUGCCGAUUAAAAUGAUUGAAAAGGGCCUUCUGAAGGCCCACGGGAUUGCGGUACCUGAUGAUGGCUCAACAGUAUUUAACUAUGAAAUUCGUCUCUAUGAACCGAGAGACAAACAGGAUAUGUUUCUCGUGUGGGAGAGACGCCACAUCGAGAAGAUGGAGCAGGAGAUACGAGACAAUUGGCUUGGGAGCCGAAAGCUCAUGGUCUUGGACCUCGCUUACGACCUGCGCGAUCUUUGGUCUGAUGAGAAUGUUCGUAGAAAAAUGGAAGAGCGAGUAGAGAGUGGGAAAAGGAGUAUGAUGGAUUAUAUAGACGACGUCGAAGAAGCAGCUAGAGACGACGAAGAAGCAGCUGGAGAUGACGAAGAUGAAGAGCCAGAUGUGUACGUGGUUUGA